CACCGGUUGGAGGCGGUAAUCGACGUGCGCAAGCCGCCAGUAAACAUCAAACAGUAGAAGAAGAAACCCAUAAACACACUGUAAACAGUUCCCAUGAUUUUCCUGGAAGAAGUUAACGGAGCUGACAGCAAAUAAUAGCAUGGAAAAGGUGAUCAGCUGUUUCAAGACAAGACCAGAGGCUGUUACCAGGCUGAUAUGCUUCCCCUGGGCAGGUGGAGGCUCCAUACACUGUGCUCGCUGGGGGAACGUCCUCAGCAGCUCAGUUGAAGUGUUUGCUGUCAAACUUCCUGGCAGAGAGAGCCGAGCCAAAGAGCCGUUCUUUCAGAGCAUGCAGCAGAUCGUGGAUGAAGUUAUUGGCGUGUUGCUGCCGCUGCUGAAGGAGAAGCCUUUCGCUCUGUUUGGCCACAGUUUUGGUGCCUUCACCAGCUUCGCUGUUGCAGAUGCUCUGAAGAAAAUUCACAACCUGGAACCAGUUCAUCUCUUUGUGUCGGGGGCUUCUGCACCUUAUUCGGAGACUCGCAUCAAAGCCCCGAAGAGAAGCGACUUAUCGGAUGAAGAUUUUCUCAAGUGGUUAAUUUCGAUUGGAGGAACUCCUCCUGAGCUGCUGGCGAACCCUGAAGUCCUGAAGCUCUUCCUCCCUGCCCUAAAGGCCGACCUGCACAUCGUGGAGAACUACAGGUGUAACAAGCCAAGCAGCCCGUUUCUGUCCUGCCCGGUCACAUGUUUCGACGGGAAGGAUGACAUUCCUCAUGAUUUGCAAGCUUGGAAAGACGUCACAUCAGGAGAGUUCACCAUCAAGAUGUUCGAGGGAUCUCAUUUCUACCUGAAGGACUCCGGAAAUGAAAAAAUCAUUUUAGACUACAUCACAAAGCAUUUGGAAACAUCAGAAAUGGACUAUUUAUAAGCAUGUAAUAACUACUUUUGUGGGGGUUUUUUCUACUAGUUUAUAUUUAAUUCUGUGCAGCCGAGCAGUACAGUUUAUUUUUAUGAGUACACUGAAUUCAGUAACUGUAUCCAUGUUUUUCAGAACAAGGCCCAAAAUUCCUUUUCCUCUUAAUAACUAAUUUUAAUUAUCUGGAGUUUGAGUUCAUUGCCUGCUUUUUUUCCCUGCUUUGUUUAUGAUUUUUUCCCUGUAAUUUAUGUGUGAAACAUGACUCCACAGAAACCAAAAUAAAAAAACAACUUUUUAUUUUUAAAUCCACUUCUAAAUGAUCAAAGUCCAAAACCACACAUUUGAAAUGAA